AACCCGCGAACCAUCAUGCAGAUCUUCGUGAAGACCCUCACCGGGAAAACCAUUACCCUGGACGUCGAGCCCGUCGACACGAUCCAGAACAUCAAGGGCAAGAUCGAGGACAAGGAAGGUAUCCCCCCAGACCAGCAGCGCCUGAUCUUCGCCGGCAAGCAGCUUGAGGAUGGCCGCGCCUUGUCCGACUACAACGUCCAGAAGGGAUCGACGCUGCAUCUGGUGCUGCGCCUGCGGGGUGGGAUGCAGAUCUUCGUGAAGACUCUGACUGGCAAGACCAUCACCCUGGAGGUCGAACCCUCGGAUACCAUUGAAAACGUUAAGGCCAAGAUCCAAGAUAAGGAGGGAAUUCCCCCAGAUCAACAGCGUCUGAUCUUCGCUGGUAAGCAGUUGGAGGAUGGCCGUACCCUUUCGGACUACAACAUCCAGAAGGAGUCUACCCUUCAUCUGGUUCUGCGUCUGCGCGGAGGUAUGCAGAUCUUCGUCAAAACUCUGACUGGAAAGACUAUUACCCUGGAGGUCGAACCCUCGGAUACCAUUGAGAACGUUAAGGCCAAGAUCCAGGAUAAGGAGGGAAUCCCCCCAGAUCAACAGCGUCUGAUCUUCGCUGGUAAGCAGUUGGAGGAUGGUCGUACCUUGUCGGACUACAACAUCCAAAAGGAGUCGACCCUUCAUCUGGUCCUGCGUCUGCGCGGAGGUAUGCAAAUCUUCGUGAAGACUCUGACUGGCAAGACCAUCACCCUGGAGGUCGAACCUUCGGAUACCAUCGAGAACGUUAAGGCCAAGAUUCAGGAUAAGGAGGGAAUCCCUCCAGAUCAACAGCGUCUGAUCUUCGCUGGUAAGCAGCUGGAGGAUGGUCGUACCUUGUCGGACUACAACAUCCAGAAGGAGUCCACUCUACAUUUGGUCCUGCGUCUGCGCGGAGGUAUGCAGAUCUUCGUCAAGACUCUGACUGGCAAGACCAUCACCCUGGAGGUCGAGCCCUCGGAUACCAUCGAGAACGUUAAGGCCAAGAUCCAAGAUAAGGAGGGAAUCCCUCCAGAUCAACAGCGUCUGAUCUUCGCUGGUAAGCAGCUGGAGGAUGGUCGUACCUUGUCGGACUACAACAUCCAGAAGGAGUCCACUCUACAUUUGGUCCUGCGUCUGCGCGGUGGUAUGCAGAUCUUUGUGAAGACACUGACUGGCAAGACAAUCACCUUGGAGGUCGAACCCUCGGAUACCAUUGAAAAUGUUAAGGCCAAGAUCCAGGAUAAGGAGGGCAUCCCUCCAGAUCAACAGCGUCUGAUCUUUGCUGGAAAGCAGCUGGAGGACGGUCGUACUUUGUCGGACUACAACAUCCAGAAGGAGUCUACCCUUCAUUUGGUCCUGCGUCUGCGCGGUGGUAUGCAGAUCUUCGUGAAGACUUUGACUGGCAAGACCAUCACUCUGGAGGUCGAGCCAUCCGACACCAUUGAGAACGUUAAGGCCAAGAUCCAAGAUAAGGAGGGAAUCCCCCCAGAUCAACAGCGUCUGAUCUUCGCUGGUAAGCAGCUUGAGGAUGGUCGUACCUUGUCGGACUACAACAUCCAGAAGGAGUCGACCCUUCAUCUGGUCCUGCGUCUGCGCGGAGGUAUGCAGAUCUUCGUCAAGACUCUGACAGGCAAGACCAUCACCCUGGAGGUCGAACCCUCGGAUACCAUUGAAAACGUUAAGGCCAAGAUUCAGGAUAAGGAGGGAAUCCCCCCAGAUCAACAGCGUCUGAUCUUUGCCGGAAAGCAGCUUGAGGAUGGUCGUACCCUGUCGGACUACAACAUCCAGAAGGAGUCGACCCUUCAUCUGGUUCUGCGCCUGCGCGGAGGUAUGCAGAUCUUCGUGAAGACUUUGACUGGCAAGACCAUCACCUUGGAGGUCGAACCUUCGGAUACCAUUGAGAACGUUAAGGCCAAGAUCCAGGAUAAGGAGGGAAUUCCUCCAGAUCAACAGCGUCUGAUCUUCGCUGGUAAGCAGUUGGAGGAUGGUCGUACCCUUUCGGACUACAACAUCCAAAAGGAGUCCACCCUUCAUCUGGUACUGCGUCUGCGCGGAGGUAUGCAGAUCUUCGUCAAGACUUUGACUGGCAAGACCAUUACACUGGAGGUCGAGCCCUCGGAUACCAUUGAAAACGUUAAGGCCAAGAUUCAGGAUAAGGAGGGAAUUCCCCCAGAUCAACAGCGUCUGAUCUUUGCCGGAAAGCAGCUUGAGGAUGGUCGUACCCUGUCGGACUACAACAUCCAGAAGGAGUCGACCCUUCAUCUGGUUCUGCGCCUGCGCGGAGGUAUGCAGAUCUUCGUGAAGACUUUGACUGGCAAGACCAUCACCUUGGAGGUCGAACCUUCGGAUACCAUUGAGAACGUUAAGGCCAAGAUCCAGGAUAAGGAGGGAAUUCCUCCAGAUCAACAGCGUCUGAUCUUCGCUGGUAAGCAGUUGGAGGAUGGUCGUACCCUUUCGGACUACAACAUCCAGAAGGAGUCGACCCUUCAUCUGGUCCUGCGUCUGCGCGGAGGUAUGCAGAUCUUCGUGAAGACUCUGACUGGCAAGACCAUCACCCUGGAGGUCGAACCCUCGGAUACCAUUGAAAACGUUAAGGCCAAGAUCCAGGAUAAGGAGGGAAUCCCUCCAGAUCAACAGCGUCUGAUCUUCGCUGGUAAGCAGUUGGAGGAUGGUCGUACCCUUUCGGACUACAACAUCCAGAAGGAGUCCACUCUCCAUUUGGUUCUGCGUCUGCGCGGAGGUAUGCAGAUCUUCGUGAAGACUUUGACUGGCAAGACCAUCACUCUGGAGGUCGAGCCCUCGGAUACCAUUGAAAACGUUAAGGCCAAGAUCCAAGAUAAGGAGGGAAUCCCCCCAGAUCAACAGCGUCUGAUCUUUGCUGGUAAGCAGCUUGAAGAUGGUCGUACCUUGUCGGACUACAACAUCCAGAAGGAGUCUACCCUUCAUCUGGUCCUGCGUCUGCGCGGUGGUAUGCAGAUCUUCGUCAAGACUCUGACUGGCAAGACCAUCACUCUGGAGGUCGAGCCCUCGGAUACCAUCGAGAACGUUAAGGCCAAGAUCCAGGAUAAGGAGGGCAUUCCCCCAGAUCAACAGCGUCUGAUCUUCGCUGGUAAGCAGCUGGAGGAUGGUCGUACCUUGUCGGACUACAACAUCCAGAAGGAGUCUACCCUUCAUCUGGUCCUGCGUCUGCGCGGUGGUAUGCAGAUCUUCGUCAAGACUCUGACUGGCAAGACCAUCACUCUGGAGGUCGAGCCCUCGGAUACCAUCGAGAAUGUUAAGGCCAAGAUUCAAGAUAAGGAGGGAAUUCCCCCAGAUCAACAGCGUCUGAUCUUUGCUGGUAAGCAGCUUGAAGAUGGUCGUACCUUGUCGGACUACAACAUCCAGAAGGAGUCUACCCUUCAUCUGGUCCUGCGUCUGCGCGGUGGUAUGCAGAUCUUCGUCAAGACUCUGACUGGCAAGACCAUCACUCUGGAGGUCGAGCCCUCGGAUACCAUCGAGAAUGUUAAGGCCAAGAUUCAAGAUAAGGAGGGAAUUCCCCCAGAUCAACAGCGUCUGAUCUUUGCUGGUAAGCAGCUUGAAGAUGGUCGUACCUUGUCGGACUACAACAUCCAGAAGGAGUCUACCCUUCAUCUGGUCCUUCGUCUGCGCGGUGGUAUGCAGAUCUUCGUCAAGACUCUGACUGGCAAGACCAUCACCCUGGAGGUCGAGCCCUCGGAUACCAUUGAAAACGUUAAGGCCAAGAUCCAGGAUAAGGAAGGAAUUCCCCCAGAUCAACAGCGUCUGAUCUUCGCUGGUAAGCAGCUGGAGGAUGGUCGUACCCUGUCGGAUUACAACAUCCAGAAGGAGAGCACACUGCAUUUGGUAUUGCGAUUGAGGGGAGGUCAGUAAGGGGAUUUUCAAAGUAUUAUGAAUAAAUCAUUCUCAAAGUAAA